AUGGUUCGAAUUUCGGUUUUGAAUGAUGCUCUUAACAAUAUUGUCAAUGCCGAAAAACGUGGAAAACGCCAAGUAUUAAUUCGACCAUCCUCCAAGGUUGUUGUGAAAUUCUUGAGAGUAAUGCAAAAACAUGAAUAUAUUGGAGAAUUUGAGGAAAUUGAUGACCACCGUUCGGGAAAAAUUGUCAUUCAAUUAAAUGGUCGAUUGAAUAAAUGCAAUGUAAUUUCACCACGUUUCAAUAUAAAAUUAGAAGAUAUUGAAAAUUGGGUUAACAAUUUGUUGCCAUCACUUUUGACCACUAGUGCUGGUAUUAUGGAUCAUCACGAGGCCAGACGUAAACACACUGGUG